AUGGAUAAAAUCAUACAAUUUGUACCAUACCCUCAAGAAUACAAAUGGGGAAAAAAAGGAUCGUCAGGAGUUGCAGGUUCUUUUUGGAAACAUGUUAGUGCCAAUAAUAAUGUAUCACCUUCAUUUUCGGAAGAAAAAAAUUAUGCAGAAAUAUGGUUUGGAUUGCAUUCAAAAUCUAUAAAUUACGCAAUUCCGUCGCUUCAAAUUUUAAAAGAUUUAACUCCUCAUCGAGAAAAAGAUAUUUUAUUGAAAAUAAUUUCUUGCAAUGAGCCUUUAUCUCUACAAUUACAUCCUGACGAAGAAUCGGCGCAUAAGUUGAACAGAGACUAUCCUUCAAAAUACCCUGAACCGAAACCAAAACCAGAAAUGAGCGUUUCCCUUUCAGAAACUGUCGAAAUGUUUUGUGGACGCCUGAAGCCAAGUGAAUCUGAUUCCCUUAGUUCCUGUUACUUAUUGAUGGUUAUUAAGUAA